GCGACGGAUCAGAAUUUAACGAGCACAUUGUCAUCAUCCGAUCAAGCUAAGUCAAUUUCAACUGAUCAGUCAUCAUCAAUUGCUUCUGCGUUUUCCACUCACUCUGCUUCGGAAUCGGAAUCCAGACAACGCCAAGAACAAACUUAUCGCAAUGAACAGCAUUCCUCAGCACUAGUCUCCUCAUCUUCCGGUAGCGCUCACCUGGAUGAGACCAAUUCAGUGGAUGCUACCUCUAGUCCUAUCAAGGAGGAAAGUCAUCAAAGUAGAGAAGGUUUACAGAAGAGUGAUUCUGCUUUGAGCAUAUCUGAAUCUGCGUCUUCCGGAAAAAAGUCUGGGUCAGAGAUUACUUCUGAAUCUCUGAAAAACCUUAUAUCCUCUAUCGCACAAGAAUCGAAUGAGCGUGAAAAGAUCACUGGCACUGAUGACUCAGUGAGAAGAUCAUUGAAUCACUCUUCGAAUUUUGAGAAGGAAACCGCUGAGGAACUGAAAGCAAACGUUGUUGUUGAUAUGCCAUCAACUUCAACUACACAUCAUCCAGCGUUCAUCACAUGGGAUAAGGAUCCUUUCAUAAGGCUUCCUCGACCAGCCAUAUUAGUGGCUAAAAAAAUGAACUCUGCCUCUGGAUCGUCAGGAGGACUUUCGAUCUCAAAUGCCCAUCAAAGCAGUUCUAUAUCUGAGGCUUCUGAAAGAUUAUCUACUUCAACUUCAACCGACCACCAUACUAAUCUUCUCUCUGGACCUUCCGGAGACGGUUUAGUAUCGACAGGAUAA